AUGAGAUGGAUCCUUCAUCGGCAGAUGGAUACACCCACAUUUUCAACAGGGUCCGAGAAGAGAGGCAUGCAGCAGCAGCAGGAGGAAAUACGCCAGUCUCCAAUGGUACUGGUACUCGUCACUCCCAGCAGGCUAAUAGAAAGCACCAUCCAAGGACUAGGAGAAGAAACUCCAGCAAUAAGGUAUAUAUAUACAUAG